AUGAAAGAAAAUACAUAUGUUAGUGUCACCAUUCUAUUAGCAUGCCUUAUUCUAGCCCUCGGAGGAAAAGAAGUUAAGUGUAUAAGACGAGACGAGAAUACUAGCGGGGUCCCUUUGAAUCAAAAAGUCAAUAAUACUAUUGUGGUUGAUAGAGGAGAUGUAUAUGACUGCAACGACGUGAACCUACAACCAGCCUUUAGCCAUCCACUACUAAAACGCCAUAAAAUCCAGAUGGAACCAAGCUCUUUCCCACAGAGUGUUUCAACCAAAUCCCCGUCGAUUCAUGCUAGGCCACCAGCCCAAUUGUCUUUGAUUGAGUGCCCUACAGGAAUGAUUCCAAUAUUGCGCAAGAACAGAAGGAUCCACAAGCUAGUACAAGCUAUUAACAAAGUGAAUAGCAAGAAUGAACAACAGGAGGUUGCAGGAUUUGAGUAUCUAGAUGUGCUAUACGGAACGCGAGCUAAAAUAAAUAUCUAUGAACCUAAGGUGAAGAAUAAUAGUAAGGAUCUAAGUGCAUCAUGGAUACAGAUUAAAGGGAUACAAAAAGUAGGCCUUGCAGAUGGGAUAGGUGCUGGUUCUUGGGUAUAUCCAAGCUACAGUGGUGACAGCCUUGCUAGGUUUCACGUUGCUUGGGUUGAUGGCUUAAAGAACAGAAUUUGCCCUGAUCAUGAUUGUGGCGCUUUCGUACAAGUUAGCUCAAGUGUUGGUCUAGGAGGAAGACUUAAACCAGUUUCUAUCUAUAGCGGACCACAAUACAUCAUAGAUGUUGCCAUUUUCAAGGACCCGGUGACUAAACAUUGGUGGGUGUCUUACGGUGAAAAAAACAUACAUAUUGGAUAUUGGCCAAAGGAAAUUUUCCAUUUCAUGAGGGAUCAAUGUAAUUACGCAUUAUGGGGUGGGUAUGUUCAAGGCCCGACUGCUUCGUCAGACUCUCCACAGAUGGGUAGUGGUCAUUUUGCUUCCGAAGAACGUGGAAAAGCAGCAGUUGUAAGAAAUAUCCUAGUUGUAGAUAAUGAAAACAAGUAUGCUAAUCCAGAUGCCAGGAAAGCCCGUCUUGUCAUCACCAGUUCAUCAAAAUAUACUGCGAAGGCUUAUGGUUAUGGAUAUAAUGACUAUGGUGUGCAUACUUACUAUGGUGGACCUGGUGCUUUUGUUUAA